AUGAAACUACCGCUGGUCUCUUUUUACAACCAUUUCGAAAAAACAAACGAAUUCGUACCGCUUUCUCACCCCAACAAUUAGUUGAACUUGAAAAAGCAUUUGAAAUGAAUCAUUAUGUGAUUGGAAAUGAACGUCGAGAAUUAGCAACAAGCUUAUCGCUUACCGAAACACAGAUAAACAAGCCGAAUUGGUGUAAAUCAAUUAGCG